AUGGCCCGCACUCACACCCCCCUCCUCGCGAUUUCCAACCCAUCUCUUGCCCCGCCCCCUCCCCAAGGUACACCAACUGACGGUGGCGGCAACAGUUGGGUAGUGCCGCGGCUCUUGCAGACACAUUUCCGAGGUGGUUGCUAUGCCAGCGUGUGCUUCUGCCACGUACCUGUCCGGGCGAGCGCACGUGGUUCUCCCACAUACCCAUCCCUCCCCCCAACUUGUCGGCGCAUUUCGAGAAGGGGGUGGGGCCUCCCUGCAAACCACACUGGCAUUUACACGCACAACAGCAGCCCCUGGAAAGGCGUGAUGUACACUUCAACAUUAUUGUUCCCGGAACCCGAUGUGCCCGCUCCGGAAUUCGCCACCUGUUUCAUGAUUAAUUUCGCCAAACUUCCAGCUGCACUCACGGAAGCAUGCCUCGUGUUUCGAAAGAAAGAGUGGGAGGAAGUGAUGGCCAAGGAAAUCCUGCCUGCUUCUGUUGUCACCACCUCCCAAUCCACCGCCUUCUCCUCUUCCUCUUCCUUGUCCCGCUAUCCACUCUACUGCUGCCCUUACGCUUGCCUAAUUAAUUUACCCACGAAAUUUAAUGCAAUUUGA